UUAAAUUUGAGACUUGAGUUUAGUUCUUGUUAUUUAAAGUCAGUGUCAUAUCAUAUCAACUUGUUUUCCGCAGAGAUUAAAUAUAAGACUGAGAAAAUCAAAGAUCUCUGCGUCUCGAAGGCUACAUCUUAAGACCAAGCUGCUGAAAACAGCAGCGGUGAUGUUGGAGAAGACCAAGGUGGAGAGGAUUCAGCAGAAAGAAGUCACUCUCACAGAGAAAGUUCCUCCUCUCCAGCUGUCUGGUUUGUCUGUUCAGGACCUCCAGACGUUGUGCAAAGAGCUGCACUGCAAGAUAGAUGUGGCAGAUGCAGAACGGUACGACAUCGAAGCUAAGGUGGCCAAAAACAUCAAGGAGAUUGAGGAUCUCAAUCGGAAGGUCUUUGAGCUGAAGGGUAAGAUGAAGCGACCAGCUCUGAAGAGAGUGAAGAUCUCUGCUGACGCCAUGCUGGGAGCUCUGCUGGGUUCAAAGGUUAAAGAGAGUGUGGACUUUAAAGUCAACCUCAAGACUGUGAAGAAAGAGGAGGAAAAGAAGGAGGAAGUGACAGACUGGAGGAAGAACGUGGAAGCCAUGUCCGGAAUGGAGGGCAGGAAGAAGCUUUUCAAUGCCAACCAGUAGAUUUGUCUUUGUGGCAUGCAUGACUGUAUCUGCGGUCUUUACAUGCAAUAUUCAAAACUACUUAGAUUAUUAAAGAAAAAUAAUUGCAUCAAUCAUCAAUCUUUUUUCUUUUUUUUUGCAUUAGGGUUAAUUGAACUGUUUCGUUUUGUGGUUGUGAAACAUUUGAACUGCUUUUAUGUCCACCCUAAAACAAAUGUUUCUUGACCUUAAAAUGCCCGAGAAUAACAAAGUUAAUAAAGCGCUCUGGUGAAAACUUAAAGCUGACGCUGUAGUUCUCUUUUUUUAUGCCUAUUUUAUGAGGCUGACAAUAAACCAAGAACUUAAUGUUCUUGGCUAAAAGAAGAAACAACGUUCACCUGCAGAUAUCUAAAUCCUAAACGUCACUGCAGCACAAGACCACAGAGGCGAGAAGAGAAGAGUCUUUCUACAUGUAAUGAUCUGUGUGUGUGUAUAAAUAUAUAUAUAUCACCUUAUUUAUGCCUAUUUUAUGAGGCAUAUUUAAGGUGACUUAUAUUUAUUGUUAAAAUCUUAUUCUAAAUUUUUAAAUGGACUUACAGUACAGACCAAAAGUUUCUCAUUGAAUUCAAUGAGACAGUGUGUCCAAACCUUUGGUCUGUACUGUACUUAUGUAAAUGUGUGUAUUCCUUGGUGUGUGUAAAGUGUUGCAGUGUGAAUCCAGAGCCAAGCUGAAAUCACAUUGGCUCAGCUUACAAACCAUCAAGCUUCACAGACCACCUGUCUUUGUUCCUCUGCAGGCCAAAAUAAA